AUGACUAUGAUAGUCAUGUUACUUCUCAUCCCAAUUCUUAACAUCGAAGAUAAUAUGGAAUUUCAUCUACUUUUAGGCUUUUACAUUAUGUCCAACAUUGCAAAGCUCGAGUUUGCAGCACUUGAAGUUAGUGGGAAAAACUAUGUGCCAUGGAUGAUAGAUGUAAAAAUGCAUCUUGAGUCCAUGGGAAUCUCAAAUGCUAUAUACGAAUUUAAUAAUUGCUUGGCACAAGACAAAGCAAAAGCACAAGUUUUCCUUCGUAAGCAUAUUGAUGAAAUGUUGAGAUUUGAAUAUCUUGAUGUUACUGAUCCAAGUAUUCUCUGGAAUCUUUUGAAAGAAAGAUUUGAUCAUCAAAAGGAAGUUAUACUUCCAAAUGCUAGAGAUGAAUGGAGAACACUGAGGUUUCAAGACUUCAAGAAAGUGAAUGAAUACAACUCAGCUUUGUUCAGAAUAUGUUCACAACUCAAGUAUUGUGGACAAGAAGUUACUGAUGAAGAUAUGCUGGAGAAAACUUACUCCACAUUUCAUGCAACAAACAUUACCUUGAUGCAACAAUAUCGAAUGCAAAAGUUCACAAGAUAUUAUGAACUAAAUGCAUGCCUGCUUGUUGCAGAGCAAAACAACGAGCUCUUGAUGAAAAACCAUGAAUCUCGUCCAACAGGAUCAGUAGCACUUCCUGAAGCAAAUGCUACAAAUACUGAUGGUAAUCAAAACAAUACACGUGGACGAGGGCGUGGUCGUGGCCGAGGUCGAGGACGAGGUCGUGGCUAUUUUAAUCGAAACCAAAGCCAUAAUCAGAACCAUAAUUCUGGUCGUGGACAAGGUAAUAAUCGUGGUCGUGGCCAGAAAAGGAAUAAUUACCAAAAUUCACAAAGAAACAAUGUCCACACACAAGAUAAGGCCAAAGUGGCAAGGCAUGACACUGGGACAUCACAAAAAUCUGAUGGUUCAUGUUAUAGAUGUGGUAGCACGGGCCAUUGGUCAAGGACCUGUCGCACACCUGCACAUCUUUGUCAACUUUAUCAAGAGUCCAUUAAAGGAAAAGGAAAAGAAGCAAACCUCAUUGAUAAUGUUGAAUUCACUCCGCUAAAUGUUGUUGAUUUCUGUAAUGACAUGGAAGACAUAAACUAA